GCUAGAUUGUGAAACAACGCAAGAAGAAGAGCUGCAUCCAUUUCACCUCUCGACGUUCGAACUGGAGAUCAGAUCGGAAGGACCUGCUCAGGCCGCCGCUACAUCGCAACGGGAAGCCAAGUGAUGAUGUAUGGACCGGAUGGGAAGAAGACGAAGGCGGCAACAGUGUUGGAGGUACAUCGUAGGAGGAGCUUGGCGAGGGCGCGCAUGGAGGAAUAUGGAGAGGUAGAAGAUGUCAGCUUGGACGAUGACUCCGGGAAGAAGGUUCAGUGUGCUGAUACUUCUUUCAGCCUGAAGAAUGCAACCGGCUGCAUAUCGGCGUGGAAGGAUCACAUGAGGGACAUCCCAGGAGAGGCUGGUUUAGGUGUGAUGACUAGCAUCAAGAUGAAAGGUACGAUGAGCAGAGUAUUUUCCAUGUACCUUCUCUUCUAUCUAGAUCCCGAUACAAUGAUGCUAGAAGCCGUACCGGGGAAGCCAUUCAAGGUUGACGAGGCGCUGGUGAUAAGGAUAUUAGGUAAGCUGGGAGACGGAAGUAAUUUAAACGUGCUAGUUGAUUUCACAAAGGAACGGAGGAAGGAACUGCUGAAGAAAGUGCAUGGAUUGUUUGGUACCAAUCCGAGCAAGAAAUCAAACGCUGUCCCAGUUGUUAAAUUGGAGUCAAUACUGAGUUCUGCUAAGGCAGACAAGGUGGACAGGAUGAAGAACAAGGCUGGUAGGGACCGAGUGAUGGCUGCUUACUUUGCGUACAUAUACUCCACUUUCCUGGCACCGAAGAAUUCAUCGCCCAAAGUGUCUGACGAGGUUCUCCACAUCAUCGAGGACCCGGGAGCAAUAAAAAUGUUCAACAUAGUACCGUGCAUCUUGGAGGCCCUGCAAUGUGGUGCGAGAAAUGUCAGGGCGGCGCUGGAGAAUGGGGAUAGGGUAAUAAUGGAUGGUUGCUUAAUCCUAUUGCUGAUUGGUUUUGUUGAGCACAUGAUUUACGGUGAGGGAGCUACAAGACUAGAGGGGCCACGCAUUGCAGAGUACACUGACAGACAGCUGAAGAAGCAUCUGAGGGAGUUCUCACCUGAUAUAUUAGAGAAUUCUGCGGUAGCAAGGCUAUGGAACAAAUACAUGCAAGGUGAAAUGGGUGAAGGAGGGCUGACGUCCAUGAGAGCAGGAGGGAACCAUGGAGGUGUUGGAUCCUGCGAGAGUGCACCUGGAGCAUGCGGAGAGAGUGUUUCUGGAAUGAUGAAGGAGCUCCAAGAUAGGUACGAGGAAGAGUUAAGAACUGCGAAUGCCAGGCUGGACAGUGAGGAAGACCUGUUGGAAACAGAGGAGAUUCACAAAAUAGAUAUCUUGAAGGCAGAAGUUUUGCGAAAGCUAAGGAUAGGACAUGAGACUAGGCGGUCAAAAGAUGUUGUCUGAUCUUAGGGCAAAGUAUGAUGCUGAUGUUGCAACAAUGCAGUCUGGAAAUGGUGUCAAAGAUAAUCAUAUGAAGGGGAAGCAGCGGUUGAUAACCGAUUAUACUGUCAAGAAUUAUGAUGUUUAUAUGGAUGAGUCUGAAUGCAACACAUGUAAUUAUUUUGUAUGUCGGAAUGACGUAAAUAGGACGAGCCCUCUGGUCACGAACCAAUAAUUAUGAUGCCGAGGGACAAAUUUGACUUGCAGCUCGAGGAGCUGGCAUGGGAGAUGAUUCAGAUGAACAAAUGGAAGUGGUUGUGGGACUGUCAGCUGGAACAUCCAGAAAUGGAAACCUACAUCGAACUACUCGUGCGAUAUCUGGACAAGAUGACAGGGCAAUUGAAGAAGGUAUGAAAAUUCAUACAUGGAGACAGGAAUGUGAAUCAACGUUUAAGAUGGUGCGUGGCGAGGUAUGCAUUUCUGGUCCACAUGGCGCUAAUGUGGCGCCGUCCGGGAGCCCGUUAACUUAUAUAUGUGGUGAUCUUGGAAAUCAGGACACAGCGGUUUCAGGAGGGCAGGGUUGGGGUUCGGAACCUUUUAUGUGUUCAGCACGGUUCAACGAGACACCAAUGCCAUGGCUAAAACGCACACAUCGCUCGGCGGAAUCAAAAGCUCAGGGAGAAAAUAGCAAUGCAGUGUUCCUGCAAAGAUACCUAGGUCCGAGCUUCGAUAGUUGUGAGAAUGAUAAGCAAGUUGACGAACCCGUUCCAGAUACAUUUAAUUCAGAUACAAUAUUGAGGUUCUAUGAGGGGAUGAGUUUGUGUCAUGAACGAGAUCUGGAAAGGAAGUGGUUCGUCCAUGAGUGGCCGGUGACACUCACAAUGACCGACGCAGAACUCAGGCAUGACUUCAGUCCUAAUAUGGACAUUGGUUACCGCGGUAUGAGUGCUGCAAUGAGACUUUUGGACCAUAACAAAAAGGAAGUUAAUACUGCCCUUGGUGUCGGGCAAUGGAGGAUCUUUAUGUGACCUACCUUUGUGCUGGAGUUUUUGAAGCCGCGAAAUAAAAAAGACAUGGAUAAAGCACUGAGGUUGCUGUGUGGGACAUCUAGCACUCAUCUGGCUAAUAGAUGCCGAUCGAUCCGAUUCUUGAGCACAAGUGAUAGCGUACACCAGAUGUUAUCAGGAGCAAGGAGGAAUGGAUCUGUCCGUAACAGGGGCUAUGGAUGAAGAGAAGAUGAAGCUGUUGUACGGAGUAGUGACAAUGAAGGACAACCUUGGAGACAAGCCUCGUUUCGUAUAAACGUUUGAUUGAGCGGGGUGGGUGGAAGAUUAGGGAUGUGAUAUGAGAAUUUGGAAUAUCAUGAACAAUCUUUUGUCGCGUGCUGUUAGAAUUGGAUGUUUUAGAACGAAGUAAAUCACAAAUUAAUUAUGGAUGAUGUGGGAACAAGGUUCCUGGCUGUUAUACCUAAAUUUAUGUUUGGCUCCUAAGUGGUGUACCAUACUCA